UGGGGCGAUACAAGUUAGGUUGAGCUUUGAAUGAGGGGCCAUCAUCCCGGCGGCUCGAAGGUGGAAAAUACAGUUUAUGUCUUUCUGGCCACAUUCACAAUGAACAAACUGUAUUUUUCCGACAGGCUCUUAAGAAACUGCUAAGCGUCCUUCCGUCGUCUUGUAAGGUGAGUGUGUUAUUAGCAGUGUAACGGGUUGAAUUGUAAGAGUCUGAGCGUGCAACAGACAUGUUUAUUUGUCUGUGACACAAAGUAGCAAGCUUGCUAGCGGAUUUUUCGUACUCUUUCUUUGGGAUGUGAGCGGGGUAGGAGGCAACGGAGAGAAGGGGGGGACUAGCAGUCAUUUCGAGACAAACGAGCAGGCUAUCUUCACAAUAACUACAGAUAGAUAUUGAUGUGAACGGGUUGUAAACAGGCUUGCCCUUUCAGAUUCCUCAUUCACUGAUUGUUUAGUGAGAGUCGCCGUUUGUAGCGUUAGCAUAUUCUCUCAACCGUCGCUAUUGGUGCAGGCUAUCGAUGUGCUUUCUUAGAAGUAACCCAAACAUAACCUACAAUAGGAGACAAAACGUAGCCUAUCAGGCAUACCGUUGUUAAUGUUGCCCCAAAGGCCUGGAAGGUAGCCUACUUUUGGUCAGCAUUACCAGUACACGAAAACAAUGUGGCUACAAAGGCACGUAUUGCGUUUUCUGGUUUUCUUACAUGUAGACCAGUGGUUCUCAACUGGUGGGUCCCGACCCAAAAGUGGGUCGCGGACACGUUCUGGAUGGGUCACGAAAAAAGUAGAUAUCAAUGAGAUGUUUGAUAUUUUCUGCACAAGCAACUUCAGUAGUUGUCAUCCUCACGUUGUGCUCUGGAAUGCACUUAACUCAGUGAAACAAGUUGAUAUAUGUUGAAGACUUGAGUCUUUUAAAGGUUUUUUUUUAAUAUAAAGAAUUAUUUUUCUUGGUUUGAAUUCUAUAAGGGCGCGUUCACACCACCCUCGUUUAGUCCGGUUGAACCGAACCCUGGAGCGUUUACCCCCUUGGUGCGGUUUGUUUCGGUUGGUGGAAACGCUGACCUCGAACUCUGGUGCGGACCAAAUAAACGAACUCUGGUCCGCCUGAAGAGGUGGUCUCGGACCGCUAUCAAGUGAACUCUGGAGCGGUUCAUUUCAUCCACACCAAUCACAGGAAACGCACCACACAGGUCAUUAAUGCCUGUCGCCGUCUCGUCUUAAUCCGUCCGUUGUUUGCAGCACGUGAACUCUGGAAUAUAUUAAUUAAUGCCGCAGUUUGCGCUCGCUGGCUAACGAGCCGUUCAUACGCGCGAUUGACCAGCGUCUUUUGAUACGCGCUCCAGAUGAGUAGCAAAAGCAAAAUCAGCCUAUGAUGCUACAUGACAGGCGAAGACAGCAGAGCAGGGUUUGUAUUCCUGCAUAAACUAAUGACCAAUAACCGAAUGAUAUUCGCGGUCACGUGACUUUCGGUUCCGUUUUCUGGAGCGAUUGAGUUUGUCCUUAGUGAACGCAAACUGGACCAGUUAAACAAUCAAAACAAAUGUUUCGUCUUGCCUUGGAUUCAAAUCAGGAAACGGACCUUUAGGUGUGAAUACGACCUAAAAGUGGGUCGCGACUUAAGUAUCAUGGGAAAAUGUGGCUCCCAGAGUGAGACCAGUUGAGAACCACUGAUGUAGACUUUUUACUCAGUGUGAGAGAGGCUCCCUUAGAGCAUUUCAAGGAGUCUCACCUGGGACUCCCAAUCAGUUUUGUGGUUGUUUGAGAUUAUUCAGCCUACAUUGUGCAUCAAUCCUUGAAUCAAAGUUGAUUGUAUCAUUUGGCCAAUGCAUCAACGGCCAUACUCAAGGUUAAGUCACGUCAGGACAUUAGUACAGUAUCAGAAAACAUGUUAUUCUAACCCUGCAAAUAUGUAAUUCAUGAUGGCCAUCAUAAACAACAUGCUUCAAUGAGUGACACCGAUCAACUGCAGAUAUUGAGAUUAAAACACUUGCCAAUUAUUUUCAAGGAAGGUCCAUCUUGUUCCGAAAACCAUCCAUACUUCUUGCUCCAUUGGUAAACAGUCCAAGGGUUAAGCCUGUAAUAUUAAUUCUCAGAAGGAGCUUGAACUUUCAUUGGAGAAUGUCGAGGACAGUUAUCCCUUAUCCCAGCGGAGCUGAUUGGAGAACACUGUGCUGGAGGUCAUAAUUAGUGUGUGUUUGUGUACGGAGAGAGGGCAGAAGAAAGAGACACAUAGAUAUUUAAAUAUACAUAUAUGAAUGUGCAUGCGUAACACACGAAUAUUACGGACACCUGAGCAAUCUGUGUAUAUUAAUCAAUGAUCACACAUAGAUGGUGGAUUGGAGUGUGUUAUAUUGUUAGAUACAAUUAAGGUGUUCCUUUUGUUUUGUCUCUUCAUUAAUCAUCACCUGUCCGACCAUUUUAACUUAAACAGAAAAUGUGUAUGCUUGGAAAACUGUAGUAGAGCUGUUGCUCUGAGUUGCACUUUUAGACCUAUUGUAGUCAUCUUUUUAGAGUGAAUUAUUAUGCAGUACUUUGUUUAUAAAGCUUUAUUUUCCUUAUUGUAUUGCCCUUUGAGUUAACAAUUAUUGAUGCCUCCUUUUUCUACCCUCUGUCUCGUAGGUUUCGCUGGAUGCAGACGACGCUGUACCCCGAGUUGUUAACUUUUAUUUUGACAUUUGCCAAGACCUCUGUAAAUGCCUUAGGUCUGACAUAAAUUAGAUUUAAAGACAAACACAUUUGUAUUUGCUUUUUAUAGUUCUCAGAACUCCAAACUACAGCCACCACCAGUUUCACCCUCCUUCCCCCGUCCCCUUCGUUCCACGUCUGCUCAAUAAGAUCAUUAAGACAAAUUUAAGGAACACACACAAGCACAAGCUACCAUGUCCUCCAUCCUACCCUUCACUCCCCCGGUAGUGAAACGCCUCUUGGGCUGGAAGAAGACCCCGGCAGGCAGUGGAGGGGCAGGGGGAGGAAUUGGAGGGGUAGGCGAGCAGAACGGAGGAGGACAGGAGGAAAAAUGGUGUGAAAAAGCUGUGAAGAGCUUGGUGAAGAAGCUGAAGAAGACCGGGCAGCUGGAUGAGCUGGAGAAAGCCAUCAGUACACAGAACAGCAACACAAAGUGUGUCACCAUACCAAGGUGAGACUAAGACACACACACACACACAGGGUAUCCCUCAUUUUCAUAUCUUUCAGAUUUUUCAUUCAACUGCAAACUCAGGUUAUCAAAUGUUUUUAUACUUCAGUACUUUCCAGGGCUUUGUCUUUUUGAAGUAAUUGUAUGUUAAUUUCUCAUGGGAUCGUAUCAAAAGCACCACUACUUAAUGAAAAGCAAGCAGUGGUGGUCUAUCAAUAUAAAGAUAAAGUAAUGUGAGAGAGUGCCAGUAAAAAGAUGUUUCCAAGGCGUUCUGCUCUUUUUAACACACAUUUACACCAGCAGAAAUGUGCCAGAGUCGUGCUCAGCUGCAAACAUAGACAUACACAGGCUGGUGUAGCAAUUAUGCUAAUCAAAACUGUGAGGUAAUCCACAUAUUGCCCCACCUGUUUAAACACAUGGUCUUUGACAUUGUGUCUGAAAAGUGCAGCAAACAGCAAGUUUAUAAGCUGUCAUUUCAACCAAGUGGACAGUUGUUUCCCCUACAUUAAAAUCAGUAAAAAGAAUUAUUCUGAUUAGAGUCUUGAUCUGAAAAUAAACCUGAUGGGUUUUUUUCAAUCAAACUAGUGGUUAAAUUAAUUAACUGUUUCAGCACUACAUCACAAGUAAUGACCACAUCACUGGGGGAGUGGUGGUGGGUGUCAGGAGAAAAAAAAACACACAAAUUGGCAGAAAGAGAAGUCUUUCUUGGACAAAAAAGCUCUACUUCCCCAAUGUGUUGUUACAUAGUUAAGCAAGGCAGCAGAAGUGAAACCUGAUUGGAGGAAACACAUGUCCCUCAUAUGAUGUCCGGCAACCUCGAGUUUUUUUGCUCCUUAAGAAUUCUUUAACGAAAGCUUAUAAGUGUUAACCCAGUUAAUAUAGUAUAGAGUCAAAGUUCUGCUCCUUGGUGUGUUUGAUGGCUAUUGUCUUGACAUUGUCUGCUUUACCUGAUCUUAAAUAUAGUACCGACUACAGUUCUUAAGAGGUUUGACAGCGCAAAUCUAUAUAAAAAUAAAAUGUACUAGUUCAGUUGUAAGUUUGCGUUUGUCAUUUGUUACUUUUUCCUGUAAAGACUCUUUGAAUUAUUUGAAUACAUUGAACUUCUCUUUGGGGGUAAAUGGGGGGGGGGUUGCAUAUAUCAACCAGGGUCUUAAGUUGCACAGCUAUGUAGUAAUUUGUAAUAUUUGGAAGAGAGAGGCCUCCUUAUUCCUUGGAUAGUUGAGUCCAACUAUAAGGACUUUUGUGAGCAGGUUGACCAGGACAUUUCAUCUUUAUCUGAAGUCAUGAGCACCAUUUGCAUGUAGAAAAAAAGUUUAUGUUGUAUUUUUUCAUUUCCUUUUGUCUCGUCUCAACACACUCUGUGUAGUCUGUUGAGUGUCUUUGGAUCCUCAUUCACACACCACUAUUAGUAAAUGCACACUGUUUAACCGGCUGCUUCACAAUAUAAUUUUUAUAUCAUAGAAAAUAAAUUCAGAAAAGCGCAUCCUGUUAAAAGUCAACGUCAAUCAGUGCAAGACUUUUUCUUAAAUCCACAUAAAUCCUUCAAAAAGCAGUGAAAUGAUCAGAUAUGUUAAUUUCCAGAUGUUUUAUAUCAGCUCCUGUGAGAAAUUGGUGCGUGUUAUUUUUUAUAUCUUGAGUUUUCAAAGUCUGCCAUAAUUCAUGAGCAGCUUUCUCUUUGUGAAACACUGCUUUGUCUCAUGAUCAUCUGUCAACUGGUCAGUGUCCUCCUUCAUUAAACAGCCUAAAGUAUCUGUCUGUGAUUUCAUCCUACUAAGUUGGAAUGAAACACCUCAUUAAGACCAUCUUUUUUGUUUUUCUUUUACAUUUUUUUGCACUUGUCCUUUUGUGUAUGCAUGUUUUGUGUGUCUGUGUGUGCGCAUGAUUGUGUUUCUGUAGCAAUUGCUCAGAUCUAUGGGGUCUAGGCUCAGGCCACACGAUAGAGCAGUGGGACUCUGCAGGCAUGUAUGGAUACCCAGAGCACAGCAGGUGAAUAUACUCACACACACUCAAACAUAGCGAACUUGCUGUUCUUCUCUUCUCUUCACACAUGCAGUAAAAACGGUCUUGUCCAUGUUUUGCAUCAGUGUUCAGUCAUCUUUUGUAAACUACAAUGUCAUUGCAUAAUGAUCUGUGAAGCCAUCUCUGUUUAUCAAAGUCAUCCAAGGUACUAGAGUGCAUCUCAUGUAACAAAACUAUCAGUAAAUGGUGAAAGGACCGAUUCAAAGAGGAUUAGUGUCAGCUGUAGUUCAGUGACAAUUCUUGAGCGAUCACUUUUUCAACCUUAAGGCUUUUUGCUGAAACAAAGUAGCAACCUGAGCCUCACUGGUGUGUAAGAACUUCUCAUUUCUAUUUCUGCUCAGGUCGCUCGACGGUCGUCUUCAGGUGUCCCAUCGUAAAGGCUUGCCCCACGUCAUCUACUGUCGCCUAUGGAGAUGGCCGGACCUUCACAGUCACCAUGAGCUGAGGGCCAUUGAUGCCUGCCAGUAUGCUUUCAACCUCAAAAAGGACGAAGUCUGUGUCAAUCCCUACCACUACCAGAGAGUGGAGACACCUGGUAAAGAUCAUCUUUGAGAUUACAUGAAAUACUUUUUACUCAAAAUAGUCAGAGCUGUGAUCUCCAAGCUGCCCCCAAUAGGUCUCAACCCUAAACUUUUUUACUUGUAAUUUUAGCUAUUAGUGUAGUGGUGUCUGUUUUUAUUCCAUGUGAUUUUUUUCUUUAAUGUUAAACUGAAUUUUUGCAUUGUAAAGAAAAUCGUGUUUGUCUCUCUCCAGUGCUGCCCCCGGUGUUGGUUCCACGGCACACAGAGAUUCUGACAGAGCUUCCACCUCUAGAUGACUUCACCAACUCCAUCCCUGAAAACACCAACUUCCCAGCUGGCAUUGACCCUCCCAAUAACUAUAUACCAGGUGAGUGAAGUCUAACAAACAAACAAAAAGAGAAACAGUUAGUCAGUGUUUACAGAUUCUGUCUGUUUUAUGCUUUUUAAGUUUGAAAGUUUAUGACAUCUGCAUCACACACAUUUAUGCAACUUAAAAACCUCUUUAAACCUGAAAAACUGAAGUGGUUUAAAAAAAAAAAUAAAGGUUAGGCUACUUUUUUUCUUUUCAAAGCAUGCCUUUCUGUCAAACUGGAUGAUAAAAAUAUAUAUAUUUUGUGCAUCAGUUUGUCACCUCACUUUUAAGAGUUGUGACUAAGUUCUGGUGAUAAUUCCUAACUUAAUUAAAUGCCAGAAACCACUUUUAGUGAAGUAUUUUUUUCAGUGUGUCAUAAAAAUUGAAGGAUUUGAGUUUGGUCACUGGUUGCAGAUCAAACAAAUCAAACAAGUCUUUUAAAGCUUUUUUUAUAGAGUCCUUGAAAGUGUCCAGACUUUAGCUUGUAUUUUAUUUUGAUUCAAAUCGAUUUCUCUCACCUUUUAAACUGUCUGUAAUUAGCUCAUCAACACUCGUGCAUGCUUGUAAUUGUUGUAAUUGUUGUAGCCUCUCCCCCGGCACGCUCAGUCUAUCACGCAUGGAUUCACUCGCCUGCCUCCUGCUCCUCUCUCUGCUCUUCUUCACCUGUGGCUGCCUGAUAGCUCAUACCACUAUUUGCAAAACUUGUACAACGGUUCACCGUUGAUCUUGGUGGGAGCUACAACUCCUAAACGUUGUGCCACACUGAUCGCCCAGCUCUAAUUCACAUUGUAUGCUUGUGUGUGUUUUGUUUUGUUUUUUCUUUGUUGCAGAGACUCCCCCACCGGGCUACAUCAGUGAAGAUGGAGAGACCAGUGACCAGCAGAUGAAUCAAAGUAUGAAAAACAGGCAGACUGAGAGCUGUGUUAGUGUUAGCAGACAAAGACACAUCAAAAAGAGAAGAAGAUGAUCUUUGACAACUUUUAACUAAUGCCUCUCAUUAUUUACCCCAAAUCUAAACACUUGGAUGUGUCCUUUUUUUUUUCUCUAAGGCUCACCAGCAGAAAUGUCACCAAAUACCCUGUCACCUGUCAGUCAUAGUUUGGGUAAGACGGCGCUAUUUCUGAUUUCCACCAGUACGACGUUAAUGUUGUAGCUUGACAAUACGAACUUCUUAGUGUAAAGAAAUGUGAGAGAGAAUCGUGUUUGAUAUUGUGAAUGGACAGUAAUAGUUGCAUUUGUCAACAGUGAGUUAUUCAAAUGGAAACAUUUCAAUCUCUUGGAAAAGAAGGAAUAUCUAAAGUAUCUCCUCGAUUUCUUUUCAGACCUUCAGCCUGUCACCUACAGCGAGCCGGCUUUCUGGUGCUCAAUAGCCUACUACGAAUUAAACCAGCGGGUUGGGGAAACUUUCCACGCCUCACAGCCAUCCCUCACAGUGGAUGGAUUCACCGACCCUUCCAACUCUGAACGUUUCUGUCUGGGGCUUCUCAGCAAUGUUAACAGGAACGCAACUGUCGAGAUGACAAGAAGACAUAUAGGUACAAGAGUACACACUCAUCAGAAAUCAUCUUUUAAAGUUAGUUGUAUUUUACAGAGUAACAUGUCCGAAUUAAGGAGAGUAUCGGUUACAAAACUGAAAAAAAAAUGUAGGCCCAUGUCAAAAAUAAAAGUUAAUACAUGGAGAGACUAUUAAACUGUAUUUCAGCCCUUUUCAUCUUUGCAUUUCAUCUCUCUUGCACCAAGGUCGUGGCGUGAGGUUGUAUUAUAUCGGAGGGGAAGUGUUCGCAGAGUGCCUCAGUGACAGUGCCAUCUUUGUCCAGAGUCCCAACUGCAACCAACGAUACGGCUGGCACCCCGCCACUGUCUGCAAGAUACCACCAGGUUUAUUCACAUCUUACAGAAUCACAAAUACAGCCUCUGUGGUUGAAACGCAGCCUCUUAUUAUCCUUGCAGUGAUCUAAGUGGGCAGGGAUCCUAUAUAUGUUCUUUGUAAGGAGAUAUAUAUAGAUGUACUUUUGUCCCUUUGAAGACAGUCUGAUUCAGCUCUUGAUGGUUAUGAUUUGAUUCUUGGGUUUAAAUUGAUUAGAUUCAGUAAAAUCUGAUGUGAUUCACAAUUGAAAAACUGUUUAGUCCCCCAAAGUAAUUUCUUCAGUCUGAUGUAACUGAAAAAAUAUAUAACAGAAAAUAAAGAUGAGAAUGUCUGAGAGCUUGUAACGUUUGUAAGUGAGCAGUAUGAACAGUAUCAUUACCAAGGAGCAGACUUGUACAUAAAGCAGUAAGGUCAUUGACCCGUGUAGAUAAUCAGAGAUCUACUUGUAAGAGUUGCCAUUAAUGUACGGUACACCCACUCCUCAUAUUAGCAGUGCUGCCUUUGUUUUGAAGUCAUAUGUUUUUAAAGUCCACAUUCGCCUGAACUAUCUGAUGAUACUGAUGACCAACGAUUGAACUAAAACUCUCCUUUUCUUUUUUUUUUAAGGCUGUAAUCUGAAGAUUUUUAAUAACCAGGAGUUUGCUGCACUGCUCGCCCAGUCAGUCAAUCAGGGCUUUGAGGCGGUCUACCAACUAACCAGGAUGUGCACCAUCAGAAUGAGCUUCGUCAAGGGCUGGGGAGCAGAGUACAGGUAAGUUAUACACUCAGGGUUCCUACACAGUUGGAAUUUAAUUAUUUUUCUGUACCCUACAUUUUAGAAUUAUUUUUGGAAAUACCUACUUCUCUAUCUUAGAAAGCAGUAUUUCCAGAACUGUGGUAAAAGUCUGGAAACAUAUAUAUUUUUCAUACUUUAUUUUUCAUUUUCCAAAUUUAUUAAGACCUGGAAAUUGAUCAAAUUGAUUUCCAUACUUGUGUAGGAAUUUCACUGUGACACUGAAGUAUAUCCGUAUCUGAAAAAGUGUCACACAGACGGAUGUGAUUCUUCAGGGUUGAUCUUAAAUUCCCACAUGAACAAUGGGAAUAUGAAGACAACAGCUCUGAUUGCUCACUCAGUGCACGUUGAGGUGUUAUAUGUGACAAAAGUGGAGAAAACUAGAGCUGCAUUAUGGCAGGAUGGAUAAUUGAGAAGUUACAGAUUUCUGUGGUAAAUGGACAAAAAAAAACUAACAUGUAAGUUUUCACAUCAUUAUUCAACAAUUAACAGUGCAUGGGGAUAAAUGAUCGAUCUUAUAGGCUCUGUUGGAGGAAGACAUCUUUUUCAAAAAUGUGUGGGUACAGUAACUCAUGCCUGUGGUUUGUAGAUCUGCGGGUAUUAGGGUUGGGCCUCUUAGGUAUAAGGCUGAUACAAUACACAUUUAGAUACAAUGUCUUUGAUGCGAUGUAUUAAAGAUACAUGUGUGGUAUUAUGCGAUCCAAUACGAUACGACUCACACCCAAAUCACGGCACAGAGCUACUUCGGGAUUUGCUCUACAGACUACGCUAUCUCUCUUCAAACUUUGUUGUAGAGGGCAGAGAUCUGCUUUUGGGGUCCAAGACAAAGAGGAGGUGUUUGAAACCUCUAUUUUCUAUUACACUGGAAGGCUGAAUGUCUUUGCAGAUAAGGAAUGCUAAAGCAUACCUUAUUGCCAUUGAGCACGUAGAGUUUUUCACAAGCGAGGCAUGGAAAAUACUUUGCAACACUUUGGUCACCAUUUUUGGAGCUGCUGGCUGCAGGCGAAUUUGAGCUGGAAACUGAGGAGACGGGGGCGCUAGCAGACCCCUCCAUGACAAGACCGUGGUGCCGAGUUAUCAGGUUAGUCGUACUGUCAGUGUAUUUUACAGCAGCGCGGCACAUUCCUUCUCACUGCUAGUAUUGAUCCGCGGCACAUGUAGUGCAUCCGCGGAGCUGAUACUUUAGUUUGUAGUGUACAUCCGUAAGUCCGAAGAAAUAAUGCCUUCAAAAUGGUGCGGUAACGUAAAAAUAAAAGUCAUGUAUUAAACGAAUCGGAUUGCAUCGAUACAAACGUACAAUAACGAUACAUCUCGAUAUGCAUUCAAAACGGCAUUGCGUAUCGACUUGUAUCGGUUAAUCUUCUCAUCCCUCGUGGGUAUGGAUUAUAAAUCUGCGAUCACUGCCUUUUUUUGACUUGAUUAGGCACCUGGGGGGUCUGUUGUGAUUUAACGUUAAUUGGCGAUCAUCACCUCACAUUUUUGUUUAUUGUAAGUUAUCUUUGCACAGGAGUAUGAUUACUAGGCUAAUUUGUAAAGGCACCUUUACACUUUUUGAAUGAGAGAAAACAAAAUGUAUGAACUGCAUUAGUUUUGUUUUUUAAAAAGAAGACACCACUCAAAAUUGUUAAGUCUUAACAUGAAACACUGACAUAAAUUGGGGGCGAAUGACACUUUUAAUGAACUCCUCUUACAGUUGUGAUUAAUCAACUUUCGGCCUCCUCUGGAAACAAAGCUCUAACUGAUGUGUUUCAUCUCUACAGACGACAGACGGUAACAAGCACACCCUGUUGGAUUGAGUUGCAUCUUAACGGCCCCCUCCAGUGGUUGGAUAAGGUACUGACCCAGAUGGGCUCACCAUCGGUGCGCUGCUCCAGUAUGUCCUAAAGCGGGAUCUGCUGCUGCUGCAGCCCACACUUAGUCGAAAUGACAUUCCACAACAUUUGAUCAGUAUGUCCUUGGAGAAACCACCAUGCAGUCUUGAUCUCAUGUCGUAACAACAUCAUGAAUAUGUACACAGAAAAGGAAGGAUUUCAUAUUGUACCUUUUAGGAUUGGGGAAAGACUUUGCUGAUGAACAAAAGUGGGUGUGGUGACAGUGAUGUCACAGCGGGCCUGAAUACUUGGGGCGCCGUCGGACUACAAUUGACAUUCCAGUAAUGAUGGACCUACUAGUUGAAAUCACCCUGCAACAUUCGAAUAAGCAGAGUGAUGUUGUAAAUGACCAGAUCAGGUAUUUGACUCAGGCUGUGCUCAUGAAGGAACAGAGCGGGAUGGACCUUCGUUCUGUUCAUGACGAGUGAAUGGCCGUUCUGAAAUAGCACAUGUGACUUUCUAGUUGAAUAAAAGUCUCUCCAGCCCACUUUCCAGCCCUUUCGCUUCGGUACCUACCAACCACAGCACAACUUUGAUUCUGUCAACACAAGACAAGUAGUUCUGACACUCCGGGAUCUUAUUUUACCAAAGUCAUCUUUAUGUCCAGGCGUGUGUUGGUGACCAAACUUUAACUCCAGUUUGAACUUGGAUUUCCAUUUUUCUUGUUGUUUUUUUGUCGAGUAUUAUCAUGAUCCCAGCCCAACGGUAAUUGGCCUGUGUGCAACGGUCAUGUACUAAAACACAGACAACCUUUAAAGUUCAGUCAGCAUGUAAUUUUUUUUUACAACUAUGCUUGGCAAAAUAAUCUUCUCUGUGUGUGUUUGGUGUCCAUCGGUCUCGUGUGCGUACGGGGGGAGGGACAACUUUUAGUGUAAAAGAAAGAGAGUUUUUUUUUAUCAUUAUUUUCUUCUGUACGGUUUAGUUUUUAGUCUGAUCAGCAUGAACAAAUCAGAGUGAGCUAUGGAGCGCUCAGCCCAGGAGAGUUCAGGUAACUCCACUAGAAAGCCAACACCUCCUCCCCUCAAUCCAUCUCUAUGUCUCUUUUGCUUUGCUUACGUUUCCUUUUCUCACUUUCUGCCAAACAGGUAAAAAACAAACAUCAAUUUUGAAUUCAGCUAACAUUCAUGACGUUGUGUUUCUCCUGAUGAGAUGUUUGGACUUAUGCACAUCUGUUCAGUAAUUGACAAUUUAAUGAUACUUAGAAGAUUAAAGUCCUGCAUCGUGGGACUUUAAAAAAAAAAAAAGCUUUGACUUGCACUGCCCCAAAUUAUGCACCCAUAGUAUUGUAACUAGAAAGUUGCCUUUGAUGUAAAUUAUAGCGAGAUAAGCUUUGAAAUGUGACAUAGGAAUGUAUAAAAGCCCAACUGAAGUGAUUUUAUUUUGAAUUGGCUUCUUGCGGUGUGUCAAUAUGAUUUGUUUUGAAUUUGAGAGAGAUUUACUGCCCUGUUUAAAAAAAAUCAAGUACCUGCAGUGGUAUUCUUAAGUCCAAAUCUUUUCAACUCAAAGUGUUGAAGCUUUAAGUAUUAGAUUAGUUAAGAUACACAGUUAUUUUUUUCUUUACAUGUUUUUUGGACUACUUUUGUAUUUUAAUGGUUUUUUUUUUCUUUUUUAAUCUAUGACUAUAUUUAAUAUCUGAUGCAUUCUUCCUUUUAAACAAAGUUACUUAUUUUUGUAGAAUAUGCCCUCUGUGUGAUGAUGAUUGACGAAUCACGUAGCAUAGGAUGUUACAUUUUCAUUCAUGCUCCUGAAACUGGCUCAAGUAAUUCAAAUGAUGUACAUUUUGACUGAGUGUCAAAGUCACCAGAACUAAACCUUAUGCUCCUGCUUUGGUGUAUUUUUCAGCUUUCAUAGCUGCUAAAAAAAAAAGGUAGCCAUCUGUUUUUCUAUUAUGUUGUCUGUUUAUCUCUGUAGGUGAGGCCAAAAUAAUGACAUAACUCACCAUCCUGGCAAAACCUAUGAAAGAGGAUUCAACCACAAGAAGAGAAAAAAUAAUUACAGGAGGGAGAUUUUUUAAAUGUCCAUUUCAAGAUUAAAAAAAUUGAAAUUCCCUGAAAAAAUUUGAAAUUUAAUAAUUUCACCACUAUACAUGACAUUUCGUAAUUUUGACAUUUUGACUUUAAUCUCGAAUUUUCAAUUUUUAAUCUUGAAAUUUUGACUUUAUUGACAUAUUUUAGAUUUUUUUAAUCUUGGAAUUUCGACUUUAAUCUCAAAAUUUCAACUUUAAUCUCCUUCCUGUAUCUAUUUUCUAUUUUUCUUCAUGUGGCCCUAAUCCUCUCUCGUAAAAACCUCUGUGUCACUGAACUUAACUGGUGCUGAAAACCCUUAAACAGUUUAAGAUCAGCACAUAUAAACUUAAACUGGGGUGCAGUGUUGAAAAAUUUUCAUCUUGGUCCUUUUGGGACUGUGAUCGUUGCAAAUAAAUUGUUAUAAGAUGUUAAUUUUCACUAACAAAGAGGACGCUGUUUGGAGCUAAUAUCAUCAAGCAGCUGGGCAGGAAGUAAGUAAAAAUCCCCCAAACUCCACAAUCUCAGAAUUCUGUCACCUAUAGCACUAUAGGACAGGUUUUUCUUUUCAUCCUUUUUGAUGCUUGGUCGCUGAAAAUCGAUGAGUGCUGCAAAUUUACAGAAAGUGUGUUUUCAUGCAGAUGUCUUAUAAUUCAAUGUUACAUUCUUGUUAGGGUGUCUAACUCCUCAAAAACUUUUCAUGGGUCACAAAAAUCUCCACGAGGCUGAAUGUCAGCACUUGUGAAGCUUAGAACCUGCAAAAAGGAGAAAAACACAGAUGUGGUUUUCCUGGUAGCAUUUCUGGAAUCAUGGAAACGCCCUCUUGCCUCACUACAUCUGCGCUCACGCUGACACAUUCCAGAUAACUUAUUUGACUUGACAGGUUUGUAGAAACCAAACAGUGGUCUUGAAUUACUGCAAAAUUAUACUCGUAUGCAUGUGAAAAGGUUUAAAUUGAUUAUUUGAUCAUUCACUUCUGCCAAAGGACUGUUUUAGUCAUCACCAAACAUACUUUGGUUAGAUAAUCAUAAAAUGUCUGGGACAGAAAUUCAGAAAUCUUAACCCUCAGUCACACAUUUAGCAUCCUGCAGAAGUUCUGUACAAUAAGGCGAUGUUUCAGCACAUGGACCAAACAAAAUUUUACCUUUUUAAAUUUUCUGUGUUCAGUUUCGAAUCAUAACUUCUUCCUCUAUCAAGCAUCCUGAAGGGUCAAAUACAAAGCAAUCUCUUGUAACCAGACUGAAACCUGCCAACUGAAAAUGUGUGUGUUUGUGUGUCUUAUUGCUGGUCAGCUUUUUUCCCCCCUCUCAUCCAAACAUGAACUUAACUGGACUGUGAUAAGCUGAUACAAAUGCUGCAAGGUAAUAAUGUUGUUUCUCAUGAGAUUGUUUCAUCGAUUACACACUUUUGUCCUAUGCAAUGGCAUCAAAUUGUUCGGACUGUAUGCUGAAAAAAAAAAAAAAACUACAACCAGAAAUAUUCACUUCGGUUUCUGAUAGUUUGACAUGCUGUUUUAUGCGCAUUGCCAGUGUUUGACUAAAGCCUUUGUAUCUACCUUUUUUAUUAGUGCCACCCAACAUCAUUCACAAAAAAAUGAAUAAAAUAAAAAAUACAGCUUGUCUCCAUUCAGGCUGAUUUCCAUUUCCAUGUAGGCUCACCUUUUGAGGACCCACAUUCCUACUUACAGAAAACAGUGUUUUUCUUUUUUUAUGUGAUGAUAAUUGUAUACCUCCAAAUAAGCCUUUUUUUAAAUGAAAUCCUAUGAGAAUGGCGUAUUGGAGAAAGUGAUGCUUUCACAUGUAACAAGUGAUGUUCUUGUAUAGUCAUUCAUUAAUUUACCAUUCAGACUUUUUUUCUAGAGCAUUUUCCAUUAGAGAACUUGCUGUUAGGAUUUCUUUCUUCAAACAUUGAUGGUCUUCAUAGACUUUCCAGCUAUUCCAGAUAAACCAACUCUUUUGAUGAUGCACACCAAUAAAGCUGUUUUAAUUGAAA